CAGCCGAGAAAAUACAAUUUAUAUCAUUUACGAUGUCAAGGACCCUGAAUAUGACUACAUAGCAUGGUGAAAGUGCCAACGAUCCAAUUAGAUGUCCCAAAACGACAUGUUUCAGGCAUCCGAGGCUCUCAGUUGCCUCAUGCGGUCCUCCCGAGCAAUAGUUGAAACACCUACCUAAAUAUGAAUGCAAUAAAGCAAUGACCAUCUUCUCAAUAUGUCUUCUCCCAGCAUUCGUCAUCAUCCCAGCCUCGCUAUUCACGCCGAAACACAGCAUUCAUCGCCGUUCCCGACCGAGCUCUCGAGUCAGCGCCCGCAUUGGUUUGGCACUUCAGCUACCCCUGUCUAGCAGGGAAGCGAUUCCUUUCAAUACCACCUCGUCGAAUGGCCAUGGCUUCCCGCCAUCCCACUCUCCGCAGUCCCGUCCAAAGAUUCAUCGCCCCCAAUGCACUCCGUCUCCGCAAGGCGCAUGGCAAAGACAUUGUCUUGCAUGAGAUAAGAUGGGCCCUGCGAACUCGCAUGACUAGACGGGAUAUUCUCCGAGGCAAAGCCUCAACUCAGCAUUUCGCAGCCCGAUC